UACGGGAAAUAGUUCCGGUGCAACUUGCAUAACCUCGAACAUGGGGACUCGCUGAUGCUGGAAGUGUUUGUGCACGUGCGUGUGUUUUUCUGAGUGAAACAAACAGACAAACGAACAAUUCUUUCGCUUUAUAUGGGGUUUUGAUAUUCUGAGGCAUUUUGGUCUUGCUAAGCAUCCUCUGCGCCAGGCUGUGUUUGGGCCUCAGCAUGUUCAGUGUGCUCAGGCUGGCCGGCUCUGUGGCGGGGAAGCUGGCUUCUCUGGCUCCUCUUCCUGCACUGACUUGUCGCCAUGCCAGUCGCAGUGCCAGGGCCUGGACGGGUUCUGCUACUCGCACUCAUUCCCUCUCAGGAAACAGAAGGACAGAGCAGCAUGAUAUUUCAGAGGACGACCUUGACAUGGAUGAAGUGGAAUCCAAACUAGAGGCUCUUGUGAAAGAGGAGAGGAAAAGGGAGAAAUCUGCCAAAUUUCACAAGAUCAGGCGGAAGCUGAGCAGUCGUGGAGCCCCAGAAAGAAGAUUAAGUUGGGAUGCCAUUCAGCAGAUCAGGUACCUAAAGCAGGAGUCACCAGAGGAAUGGACACUGCAGAAAUUAGCAGAGGGCUUUUCUGUUAGCACUGAUGUCAUCUACAGAGUCCUUCACAGCAAGUUCACCCCACCUCCAGAGAGGAGGUUUAAACAGGAUGCCAAAGUGUUAACCACAGUUGGACAGCUUUCCCUGGAAGAUGGUAAAACGAACCAGUCACGAAAGGGCCAAUCACAACUGCCUUUACCCACCAGCGAUGUUCCAGCCUUGAUUUCCUCUGGGAACACGAGCACAGUCAUUGCCCUGACCAGUGGAGCUCUGACACCCGCAGAGUGUACGACAGGUCUGGUUCCAUCUGCUGCCAACGUCCCAUCGCCAUCAAUAAGGACAGCUCAGAUAUCAACAGUGGCUCAGGGGACAUUACAGGAACAGCCUGCUCUGAGGCAAGAGGCCACAGAUGUUAAAGAGAGAGUUGUAGAAGUGGAGGAGGAGGAAGAGGAGUGGGAUGGAGUGGUUUUCACAGAUGAAGGACUGGAGGAACUUAUCCAUACACUGCAGGAAAAGCCCAGUCCAGUAGAACAAAAGGGCAGGGAGUUUUAUGACGGCGAUGGAAACUUCUUGUACAGGAUCUAAAGAAAUUGUUUCUUGAAUGAAAUAUUAAAUGCACUGUCAGGGAAUGUUUGGUCUCGUACAUGUUUGGAAUAAAUAAAUGUUAACCACAGAAA